GAGAUAAAUAAGGAUCCCAAAUAUUGAACUCUGCGAGAGCGUAACGCGAACAUAAAUGUCCCUGGCUCCUGUAACCCAGGAGACUCCGACCAAUUCCUCUUCAGACAUGUUCCGGCCGCCCGUCAAUCGCGCAAUGCGCGUUCUCGACCGAUCGUUCUUCAAGAAGACGGUACCCCUUUCAGCGGCGACAGUGCUUGAGAACAAGAAUAUUUCCCGGGUAAAAAGCGAAUUGACAAAGAGUAAUGAUAUGCUCGCCCUGCCCAGGAUUUUGCCCAUACGAAAGCCGCAGGUGAUCAAGAAUGAGGACGAUGAAGCGAGAAAAUGCCUUCUAUUGAGGGAAGGCGUGAAAGCGGACGAUGUCUCAACGUGGUCUCCUACUAUCAAACAACUGGUCGAGGCGAAAACGGUCGAGGUGAAUCCGUUCGAUUUACAGCUGGACUAUGAUUAUUGGACCUAUCCGGAUAUAAUCUCUGCGAUAUUGCCCGAAGAUGAACUGGGAGAAACACCGGUCGGAUUUUCCCAAGUCGGCCAUAUCGCGCACCUCAACCUUCGAGACCAGUACCUACCGUAUAGACAUCUGAUAGCGGAGAUUCUGAUGGAUAAGAACACCACUGUAAGAACUGUUAUCAACAAAAUAGAUGACGUGGGAGCAACUAGCGAGUUCCGCACUUUUGCCUUCGAAGUUCUGGCAGGUGAAAAUAACACGAAUGUCAUCGCUCACGAGCAAGAUUGCGAGUUCUCGUUCGAUUUCGCAAAGGUAUACUGGAAUAGCCGGCUGAGCACCGAACAUACACGGUUAGUGAGCACUUUUAAAGAAGGAGAAGCGGUGUGCGACGUUAUGGCUGGAGUUGGUCCAUUCGCUCUCCCCGCUGCGAAGAAACGUGUAUUUGUUUGGGCCAAUGACCUGAAUCCUCACGGCUACGAAAGAAUGGUAUAUGGCAUGAAGAAAAACAAAGUCCAGGAAUUUAUGAAGGCAUUUAAUAUGAACGGGCGAGACUUCGUGAAGUACGCUGCGAAAAGCUUAUACGAAGCAGAGCCGGCGAAGGUGGUUAUCAAGCCAAAGAUCUCUCGAAGUGCACAGAAGGAGAAGAGAUCCAAGUCUCCAGAUCGAAAAACGCCUCCUCCGCAAGUUUAUACCUCUCCGCGCACAUUCGACCAUUAUAUCAUGAAUCUCCCGGCCUCAGCGAUAACUUUCCUUGACACUUUCAUCGGUGUAUACGCCGGUCAAGAGCAGCUGUUCGCUCCUCACACGGACCGACGUCUCCCGCUCAUCCAUGUUUACUGUUUCUCAACUAACACUGAAGAUGGAGAGUUUGAAAAGAAGGAGAUCUGCGAACGCAUUUCAAAGCAGAUCGGAUUUACAAUCACACCUGAGGAUUGCGAGGGUGGUACAGGAAAUAAAGAAAGAGAAGUGGAGAUCAGGAGCGUCAGGUUGGUGUCACCGAAUAAGAGGAUGUUCUGCGCAAAGUUCAGGCUUCCGGAGGAGGUUGCAUUUAAAAAAGACUAGCUCAUCCGAUGACUUCCCGUUUGUCUGCGUGUUCUAUUUUUGGGUCUUGAGUUUUAGUGCAUGUUAGGUGUUGCGCAUAAGGAUUGAAGGCUUCCCCCCGGGUCAUUGUUUGAUUGAUAUAUAGAUUCAUUUUCUUCCACCCUAAACAAUGAACAACUACAAUG